GACAUCAGCCCGCGCCGGGGCCCCGCGCUGUCGGCGGCGCUGGGCGGGACGGGCGGCCCGUGUGGGACCGCGAGUCCCGGCGGUGCCGCCGUUCCCGUCCGCGCGUGGGGACCGCAAGUCCCAGCGCUGUCCCUGUCCCCCCGGUGAAUGGUGAAUCCCGGCGCUGCCGCUGUCCUCAUGGAGAAGGGGGGUCAGCUGGGGCAACGCUGUGCAAGUUUCGGGAGGUGGUUUCUUUUUCACGCCGCAGUUUUAUUUUGACGAUCCCUGUCACGGACGCGCCGGGUGAAGCGCCGCGGGCGGGAGGAGGCUAUGCGUGUGCUGGUGUAAUUAAAAACGAAACGCUUGACGCCAAACUCUGUAGGAACUCUUAAGUUCUGGGUCAGCUCCAUAAGCUCUUUAGUGGUAAGAGCCUUAAGCACGCCCCGGAGCGCCGGGUCUCCGGGCGCUCCGAGGGGAAAAGCCCGCCGGGGCAGUGCAGGUGCUGGGCGUGCGGGCGCACCGGGGUCCGCAGGCGCGGGGCUCGCUCCGACAGAGCCGCGGUGCCUCCGCCCGGUGCCGCUCAUGCGGAGCGGUAGCAGGCGGGGGGAGCCGCGCCAGCCGCCUGUGGGCGGAGGGGAUGUAGCCGCCGCCAGGCUCCGCAGCCGUGCCCGAGCUCUGCCCGCUCCUGCUCCAGGACCAGGUUUGCCGCGGCCGGGGCGGGCGGCACCGCCUCCCCGUCCCCGCCUGCCGGACCCGCGGCCGUGGGCAGCGCCGGCGGCGGGAGGGGCGCGUCCUGCACGGCCGGGGCCGCGGCAGAGCGGCGCGCAGCGGGCAGGUGUGGCGGCUGGGGCCGGAGCCGGCGGGUCCGUGCCUCCCGCGCUGCUCUCCGUCAGCAUGAAGGUCGAGUUUGCCCCCAUCAAUAUCCCCCUAAAGAGGAGGAUCCAGACAGUCGCCGUUCUGCAGUGGAUCUUCUCCUUCCUCCUGCUGGCAGAGUUUUGCUUUGGAUUCUUCGUGAUCCUGAUCCUGGGCAACUUCUGGUUCCUUGCUGUUCUGUACCUGCUGUGGCUGUACCUCGACUGGGGAACACCAUGUGCUGGGGGCAGACGGUCCCACUGGGUCAGAAGCUGGACUGUCUGGAAGUACUUCAGGGAAUACUUUCCCAUUCAUCUUAUAAAAACUUCAGAACUGAACCCAAAUCACAACUACUUACUUGGCUUUCACCCUCAUGGGGUCCUGGUUGCUGGAGCCUUCGGAAACUUUUGCACCGAUCCUCCUUUCAAAAAUUUAUUUCCUGGGCUUACUCCAUAUCUCCAUAUCAUGCCUCUCUGGUUUGGCUGUCCCUUCUUCAGGGAAUACAUAAUGAGUGCUGGAAUGGUUUCUGCAUCCAAGGAAAGUGUCUCCCAUGUGCUGAGCAAUAAAGGAGGUGGCCAUGCAUCUGUCAUUGUGAUUGGAGGAGCAGAGGAAUCUCUGAAUGCACAUCCUGGAAGCCUGACCUUGAACAUCCUCAAGAGGAAGGGCUUUAUUAAAAUGGCCCUGAAACAUGGGGCUCAUCUGGUCCCAGUGUUUUCCUUUGGUGAAAAUGAACUAUUCAAGCAAGUUGCAAACCCCAAAGGUUCAUGGCUUAGGAAUGUCCAGGAGAAGUUGCAGAAGAUAAUGGGCUUUGCUUUACCACUAUUUCAUGCUAGAGGAGUAUUCCAAUACAGUUUUGGCUUAAUACCUUACAGGCAACCUAUUCAUACUGUUGUGGGAAGCCCCAUCCCUGUAAAACAGAACUUGAACCCCACCACUGAAGAGAUUGAUCAGCUACAUGCAUUGUAUCUACAGAAACUAAAGAAAUUAUUUGAAGAACACAAAAGCAAUUAUGGCAUCCCUGCACAUAAAUCUCUCAUCUUCGAGUAGCAAAUUACAAUUUGUAAUUCCAAAUCUCAUGCAAAGAAACAGUGUCUGCUCAAAGAUGUCUUUCUUGCAAUCCAUAUUUUGCAAUCUGUAAUUAUCCUUAUGUAAGGAAUACUUUUAAGAAGGGAUUAUUAGAUGAUUUAUUGAUUUUUAUCUUAUUCUUGGGUGAUGGGGGAGGGAUCAUUGGGAUGUAAGCCUUGAAGCCAGUGCUGUUUUAAGUUGUCCUUUUAGGUUCAUGUGUGCCAGAAAUGUGAGUGAGACACUCCACACAGAUGUCCUUACCACAGCUUGAGCACAGAAAAUUGCCCCAGCAUGAGAUCAGUAGCAGAAGCAUAAAUCCAAGAAGUCUUUGAUUAGAGACUGAGAGAUUUACCAGCAUUUAUCAGACAUGACAUCAGGUUCUUCUCUGAAUGUCAGACACCCCUGCUGCUCUUCCACAGGAAUGAAGGUGUAUGUUUUCAGCAUAUGGCUACUGUAAACCAUCUACAUGAGAAUUCAAGAAUAAACAGGAGCCUUUAGUCCUGAAUUGGAUAUUGGCAAAAAUGGUUUGUCCAAGUCAUGGAGCAGAGCAAACCUGUUUGGAGAACAGUGUGUUGAGAUUUUUGUGUGCACGUGUGUGCUGGGUGGUGGGAAGCACUGAAUGAUGUGACUUUUCUGGACAAUCUGUGCUUUGGAUCAUAAAUUUGGAAGAUGAAGCAGAUUUGGUAGUUUCAGCCUCAGAAGAGAUGGCAGGCACAGGACAGGAGAAGGAGGGACUCAUAUGAACUCUUCAUCCUGUGCAAAUUAAAAAUAAUCCUAUGUCAAGCACUUGCACAGAAGGAAGGGGAACCCAGUUUGUUCAGUCAAUUCUGAAAUUUCACCAAGGAAAGUGUACUUGAUAAUGCCUGGUGACACAGCUGCAGUGCCAAGGCAAUGUGAGCAUAGCUUGGGUGCUGCAGGUUAAGAGGAUGCAUUGUACAUAAAGCAGGUGCCUGAAUUUGAGAAAAGGUUUAUCCUAAAUGUGGAUAUCCACUUCAGAAAAUU